AUGCGGCCUCCCGCUGCUCGAAUACAGCUUCCGCGAGCCGCCGCGAAAUCGUCGAGCCCACGAACCCCUACGCGACCAUGUCCCCGCCAAUUCUCAAAUAGACACCCGCGACAAUUCCUUGUAGCGCACCAGGGCUUUCCGCGCCCGCAGCUCCCGUUCCUAUACCCCUCCGGCCAACACCUCUCCAAUGGCCAGCUGCAGCGUUUGUUUUCAAUAAGCGUAAACCACAAGAAGUUCAUCAAGGAGACGGCCAAGCUGAGUGUCUGGUACUCGUUUGUGAUUUUCGCCAUCACAUCAUGCUUCAGUAUAGCCAGUCUGGGUAUCUUGAGCGAGCAGCAAGAACGAGCAUUUCCAUCGCCGCACGAGUGGAGUCUGAUCACGAGAGUGCGAUUUAGGAGAGGAAAGUGGUGGCAGGUACCGGAGAACAAUGAAGAGGAGGGAUUCCCAAAUUGGGCCAGGGUAUACUCAGAGUUGCAGUAUACACUGAAUCGGCUAGAAAACCCGGACAAGGAUGGCGCCGGCAUCGCCGAGCAAGAAGAGGGUGGCAUAUCGGUACCCGGACUUGGCAAGGCCGGUUACGAUGUUUCUGCAAAGAGCAAAGAGUGGCGGCAGGGUUACUACGAGGUCCUCAUGGGCAUGGCUGCAGCUGCAGAGCGUCUAGAAGGCUGGGUCACAGACAAGUGGCGGAGGAAUGUAUGGGCGCCAGAGUUUGUGGCAUCACCAACGAACAAGAGGCCAAAAGCAGUGUUGCCAGGCAUGCCAGAGGUGCCUGACGAGGAGCAUCGUAAUCCCGCUGCGGAGGCGCCAGAGGUUUUCUAUCUCAAAAUCAUCACAUCAAAAGGCUUUACAACAUAUCAGCGACUGAGCGCGGCGCUUGGGUACGCUGACUGGCUCAGCUUCAAGCAGCUCCCCGAUUCGGCAGAGGAGAUGUAUCGCUGGGCUCUUGACAUUGCAGUUUCCGGUUUACCCGCACCAGAAGCUGAAGCUGUCAUUGACCGCCAAACCGGAGUGUUGUCCACGGCGCCGAAAGAGGUCAUUACUCCUAACAUUGUCUACGCGACUACGAACUUGGCCACGUUCUUCGCAGCCAACGGCCGCGUCACCGCCGCUUUACCCAUCUUCAUAUCUCUCCUCCGCGCACGUCUCAACGCAGAUGAAGCCCCCGCUGCUCUAGUCAAACCAAAGCAGCAAGACUCGAGUCUGGUAGGGACCGUUCUGAGUCUUCUGGCUGAGCCUGAUUACCCACCCGUGCCCCCAUCAGGCGACGAACCCCUUCUCCGCAAAGAAGCCGAUCGUUGCGAAGAAGCCGUGCUGAAAACUUACAUUGGUGAGAUCCUCUUCGCAACCGCCGGCUCUUCUUCUACACAACGCCAGCAAGGUCUUUCGUGGGUUCGCGACGGCGUUUCUACAUCUAAAUUUGCACAAUCCCUCGACGCGAUGCGAAGUGACGACGCAUUGCGCAAGAAGUGUGAACAAUGCGAAGAAGUCGGACUUGAAUCAUGGGGCAAGAUCAUGACAUAUCUUGCAGCUGAGGCGAGAGAGAAGCGCGAUGCCGCCAAAAACGGUGGGCUACAGAGUUUAUUGUGGAAGAUCAAGGGUACUGAGAGCUUAGACAAGGCCGUCGAGGACCUUGAAGGCGAGGAAGAAGGUGUCACGCUGCGUCUGAACAAACUAAGGAGUCGCAUGCUGAGGGAGGAAUAUGCGGACAUGGACCGCAAGUAUGCUAGAACAUUUGUAUUCUAG